CCACUGCCCACUGCUCACUGCAUCUGCAACUCUUUCCCCUCCAUAAUCGAGGUUUAGGGUUUUUCUUUUAAAUUCGGCUUAAAGGGACCAUUCCCUGAUUUUAAAAUUUUUAAAACAAGCACGUAUUGCUCUUUCCUCUUUCUGUAGAUAAUUUCAUUCUCUUUCGAUGUUUGUUUCAUGAGAAUUUACUGCAACAAGAAAAAAAAAAUAUCAAUCCAGAAGCAAUGGCGGAGGAUGUUCCUGGCACCCCCGAGUCGAGUGUUGCGGACGCGCCAGUGGAGGAUGUCCGAGUCUCAGCCUGCUGUCAAGUGUGGAAAAAUAAAUAUUCAAAGGCAGAAAGGGGGCGAGUUUGUCUAAAGCAAGCAGUUCGUAUACUGGAAAAAGGAUGUGAUAAUAUUCAAGCCCAGAAUUUGGCUCUGAAGCAAGCAUAUGAAGAAGAGCAGGCACGGACUAAGGUAGAAAAAGAGGGCAGAGAAAAAGAAUCGGCUUUAAGAGUUUCAUUAGAAAAUGAAAUAUUUGUCCUGAAGUCUGAGAUAUCCAAUUUAAAGCAAAAGGACUUUCGGACGCUGACGAUAAAAUUGAAGAAAUAAAGCUUCUUAAAGCUUGUCUUUCUGACAGGGAUAAGGAAAUAAGUUGGCUCAAGGAGCUUGUUGAGAAAGAGAAGAAGAGGGCUGAUAUGGAGAAGAAAAAAGCUACUGAUGCAUCAGCGCAUGCUACAACUGAGAAAGGUAAGGCUGGUGAAGAACAUGGGCUAAAGCAAUUGGAGGCACCAAUGAAAGAGGUUAGUGAAGCAAAAUCCAAGUUGGCUUCAGAGAAGUCAAAGCUGGAUGAGGAAACUAAGCAGCUAGAAGAAGAGAAAAAAAAGGCAGGUGAAGAAAGAAAACUUGUCGAUUUAGAAAUGGCUAAAGCAAGGGAGUUGAGGAAGAUUGCAGAAAAAACUAAGAAACAGGCUGUUGACGAUAGAAAAUGUGUUGAUUCGGAGAUGGCUAAAGCGGAGAAGCAGAGGAAGGUUGCUAAAGAAACUAAGAAGAAGGCUGCUGAAGAAGGAAAACGUGCUGAUUUAGAGAUGGCUGAAGCAGCAGAACAAAGGAAGAUUGCUGAAGAAAACAUGAAAAAUGCUUUUGAAGUAAGAAAACAAGCUGAGUUUGAGAUGGCUAAGGCAGAGGAGCAAAGGAAGAUUGCAGAAGAAACUAAGAAAAAGGCUGUUGAUGAAAGGAAAUGUGCCGAUUCAGAGAUGGCUAAAGCAGAGAAGCAGAGGAGGGUUGCUAAAGAAACUAAGAAGAAGGCCGUUGAAGAAAGAAAACAUGCUGAUUUAGAGAUGGCUGAAGCAGCGGAGCAAACUAAGAUUGCUGAAGAAAACAUGAAGAAGGCUGUUGAAGUAAGAAAACAAGCUGAGCUUGCAAUGGCUAAGGCAGAGGAGCAAAAGAGGAUUGCAGAAGAAACUAAGAAAGCUGUUGAAGAGGCCAAAGUAGAUGAACGAAGGAAGGUUGUGGAAGCAACUAAGAAGAAAGCUGUCGAAGAGAAUCUGGACAAUAACAAUUUGACCAAACAGCUAGAUAAGGCCAGAAGAAGGAAUAAAGAACUACACAAGCAGUUACAUGAACUUUCUGGCUCGAGGAAUAUGGGGGGCAGUCCUUUUGACCAACCUGAUCGAAAUACAAUCACUGCAAAAACUGAAAAGACAGCACAAUUCAACGUGCUGAAGGAAGAUGUUGAGAAGUUCAGGAUAGUUUCUGGGUAUCUGCAGUUGGAUGAUAUUGAGAAAGAGAAGUCUACCAGUGAGAGAAAACAAGCAGAUUCAAAGAGGAGGAAAGCAGAAAAGAAAAGAAAGUUUGUGGAAGAGAAUACAAAGAAGACUAUGAAAGGAGAACACUGUGGUGAUCAUUUAUCAAAGCUGUUAGAAGAUGCUAACCUGAAAAUUAAUGAAUUGCAGAAGCAGAUAUAUAAACUUUCAUCCAAUAGAAAAGUGGAUGGUGCAUUGGUUGUUUCAUCUAACAAUGGAAUUAGUGCUGAAGUAGCAGAAGUAAAGCUUUUGAAAAAACAACUGAAGUUUGAGAAGGAAAGAGUAAAGCAUGCAAAAGAUGUCGCUAGGUUGGAAAGAAGUCAUAGUAGUCUUUUGCAACAAGAAUUAGGUUGCAUGAAGCUCGAGUUAAUUAAACUUUUGUACCGUUUGGAUGCAUUGGAUAAUUGUUUCUUAGUUCCAGCUGAAGAUAUAUAUGACAUGGAAAAGGCUGGAGACUCUGCAAAUAUGCAAUGGACAAAGUUGAAAAAUAAUUUGCACGGCUUAACAUCAUGUCAAACAUGUCUUCAAGCUGAAAAUCAACUUCUGAAGACUAGGUACAUGGAUACAACUGCUUCCAAUCGUCUUGGGGAAACAAUUCAACAUGAUGAGUGUUUGCUUCCCAUACAGGGAGGGAACUGUUGUGAAUCUAUCACAGGUAUUAAUUCUAAUUUGGAGCCACUAGUUGGAGGCUCUAAUAAAAGAAUGUUAGAGAGUUCUGGGAUAAAUUCCUGUACAGCAUCUUUUUCUGAUAGACAGUUGGUGGUCUCACAGGAAAGGGGUUUUCCUUCUGUUACCACGUCGGCAACACUGGCUGAAGAGAACUUAAAUUUACAACCAACUAUUAAAAGUACGUCUGGUGAAGUUACAAAAAAAAGUGUAAUGAAAAUCCUGCUGUGGUUGCUGAAAAGAGUGUCAAAAGUCCUCCUCUCGGAAGAGCUAAGGGCUGUGUUAGGAAAAGAAAUAUGAUACUUGAUACUGUGGAAUGUAUUGAAACUUUAUGCCGUGAGAGGAAGAAGUUGCAUCUACAGCUUAGGGACAAACUUUCUGUUUUGCAAUAUUCUGCACAUGA